AUGGCCUUUGCUUCAUCCUCAUCCACAUCUGUCACAUAUUUGCUAACAGCCUUUGGACAUCAUGAUAGUAAUAGUUCAGCCGCCAGCGGAAGUACUAAUCCCGAUUCGGAGGACUCACAAUUAUCCUUAGUGGGUCGCGGCCAAAAUCACAGUCAUAGAUCAAAUGGACCACCCAGACAGAAGAUUAAUGCCCGCGAACGAUAUCGCACAUUUAAUGUUAAUUCUGCCUACGAGGCUUUGCGUAGUUUAAUACCCACCGAACCCGUAAAUCGUAAACUGUCUAAAAUUGAGAUUAUACGCCUUGCCAGCAGUUAUAUAACACAUCUAAAUAGCACUUUACACGCAGGUACGGACUAUCAGCCUUGUUUGAAACAUCAACAACAACAACAUGAAGGAAGUGAAUUUGCAACUCGUAUUCGUAUUUGUACAUUUUGUUUUAAAUCAAAGUAA